AUGGCGACAGCGACAAUGGCAACCGCAGCGGGUGCCGCGGCACUGCUUUACUACACGCUGAACCGCCGCCUGCAGACAGAGAGGCUGAAUCAGGAAGGGGAGUGCAGCAACAGCAGGGAUGUGGCGCCCAGGGCCGCGCCAGGUUCUCCCAGCAGGAGCCGGGUGUCGCGGAGGGACGUCCGUGCCCCUGCCACCUGGCUUGAGACUAUCUCGACGCUGUCAGAGACGCUGCGGUUCACGUAUUCAGAGACCCUUGGGAAGUGGCCGAUCGGUGACCUGGCUUUCGGCAUCAGUUUCCUCCUCAAGAGACAGGGAAACCUAUCUGUAGCAAGCAUAUACGCUGGAAAUGAUAGUGUGGAGCUCAAAGGAGCUGAAGUAAUUUCUGACUUAAAGUAUCUUCUCAAUUUGCUGACACUUUGCUGGCAUUUCUCCAAAAAGCCAUUCCCGUUGUUUUUGGAGGUGACUGGCUACUCUGCGGAGGAUGUUCUUAUGCAAGAACCUAAAGCAGGAAUUUUGAAGCCAGCUUUCACCAUUUUGCUUGAUAGAGACAAAAAGUCCAUACUUCUAUUAAUUAGGGGAACUCAUAGCAUCAGAGAUACAUUAACAGCUGCCACUGGUGCUGUGGUUCCAUUUCACCAUACAAUUGUACAGGAAGGUGGUGUUAGCGACUUAGUACUAGGAUAUGCUCAUUUUGGGAUGGUUGCAGCUGCUAGGUGGAUUGCGAAGCUCUCAGGGCCUUGUCUGGCACAAGCAUUGCACAUGUACCCAGACUUCAAAAUAAAGGUUGUUGGACAUUCACUGGGGGGUGGUACAGCUGCUCUGUUGACAUACAUCCUGAGGGAGCAGAAGGAGUUUACCUCUACUACUUGUGUGGCAUUUGCUCCAGCUGCAUGUAUGACAUGGGAACUGGCAGAGUCAGGUGUGCGUUUUAUCACUACAGUCAUCAACGGAGCUGAUUUAGUUCCAACAUUUUCUGCUGCAUCAGUAGAUGAUCUUCGUUCAGAGGUUACAGCAUCUGCUUGGCUAAAUGAUCUCUGUCACCAAAUUGAACAAACCAGAAUCCUAAGCACUUUUUAUCGUUCAGCAUCAGCCUUGGGAUCGCGACUUCCUUCUAUGGCGAAUGCUAAAGCAAGAGUAGCUGGUGCUGGCGCUAUCUUAAGACCUGUAUCUACCGGGACACAGGUUGUAAUGAGGAGAGCUCGCAGUGUAGCGCAGGCAGCAUGGACAAGACCUGGACUGCAACUAUCUUCAUGGGCUUGUAUUGGGCCAAGACGGCGAAAUAAUGUUUCAUCUACUUCAACUGUCACAUCAGAGGAAAUAAGAGCAUCUACAAGCGGUGGAUCCGAAUCCACUUCGCUGUUGACUGAAACAACCGUAGAAACCUCAGAGGCAGUUACAUCAGAAGCUGUACCAGAAGAGGUUCAGAGUUCCGUUGCUGUGGCGGUCGAUGCUAUUGGCUUGGUAGAUGACAAGGUAGAUAACGAUGAUGACAUCGGCGAUCACCAUGACGAGGACAGGAUGACUGAUGUGGAGCUGUGGCAGCAACUUGAAAGUGAGUUGUACCGGAAGAGGGAAGGAGAAGAUGAUGACAUAGUGGAAGAUAUGACUGAAAGUACAAUUGCUGAGGAGGUGGGUGGCGUGGCUGAAGAUGUGCUCAGUGAGACCAAGGAAGUGCAUAGGUUCUACCCUCCUGGAAAGAUCAUGCAUAUAUUAACCUCCAGCAGGGAAGAAGCAAUCCAUGAAGAGGAGCCCGAUGUUCAUCAGGAUGAUGCGACGAAUGGGGAGUCACAUAGCAGCAUGGGGAUCUUCUUGACGCCAAGAUCUCUGUACGGCAAGCUGAGGCUUUCGAAGAUGAUGAUCAAUGAUCAUUACAUGCCUAUAUACAGAAGAAACAUUGAGCAGCUGAUCGCUGAGCUUGAGAAGGAUUCCUCGGAUCCUAUGGGUGAUAGGCUUAACACUACAUAG